AAGUGCGUCAUUCCCGCAUGACAAGCAACGCUGAGUAGAAAGACCAGAAGACAAGGCCUUGAACAGAACUGGUGCACCCAUAGUCACAUGACAGAACGAGAAUAUCUUAGUGAGCAGGUAUAGGAUUCACUUGCAGGCUUCCGAGCUCAUGGCUGACUUCAGGACAUACAAAAGUUCUUCGAAGAAUGCGACAAGGACACAAACGGGAAUGUCAGUUAUCAAGAGCUUGAGCACGUCCUCGAUGACGUUCAUCAAGAGCUUGCACCCAACCCGAAGCCUCAUCAUCUCCAUCAUCCCAGCAGGGAUGAUGAUGCGCGGCAUCGCUUUCUCCGGAGCGCUAUGAGCUGCGAAGACAAGGACGCUCUUAGUAAAGAGGAAUUUUUGCAAGUCGUUCGUCACCUCAAGAUACCCGCUGGAGUCGCCACCAAUACGCAAGCAGCCCAUGCAAAAGACAAACUCGAUGUUUCCAAACUACCGUUCGGACGCAGAUUGAGAGCCAAAUUUGCUGUGGACGGCGCGCCGUGGACUUUUUUGGCAUUUGUCGUCGCUUUGAUGCUCAUCUUUGGUAUUUGGCAGCUCGUGACAUACGUGUCUGACACUGACAAGCGUGCUGCUCUUGGCUGGGGUGUGAUCAUGGCGAAGGUCACAGCUGGUGUCCUCUAUCCCACAUUGUUCUUCAUGAUUCUAUCCAUGUCUCGCUGGCUAGCAACACUAGCCCGCUACAGCUACUGGGUUGCCCGCUUUGUCAACUUUGAUCGUGCUCAGUCAUUUCACAUCAAGAUCUCCAUAUUUGCAAUGCUGAUGGCAACGCUACAUGCAAUUGGACACUUAACUGGAACGUUUCUGUACAGCUCACGGCCAGGUAGAGAAGCGACUGUUGAAACUGUGGUCGGCCAAAGUCGAACUUAUCGACAAUAUGUUGCUACGUUGCCAGGUAUAACCGGUAUCUCCGCCCUGGGAUGCUUCUAUUUGAUGGCCAUCUUUGCAAUUCCAUGGCUGAAACGAAGGAACUACGAAGUCUUUCAGCUCUCUCAUCUACUCAUGUUUCCGUUCGUCGGCUUGCUCAUGGCUCAUGGUACCUGGGCUAUAUUGCAGCCACCGAUGCUCGGAUACUGGCUAGCCUUCCCUACGCUGUUGGUUAUAGUGGAGCGUCUCACUCGCAUAUGCCGUGGCUUCAUCAGGAUUCCAGCCAAGUUCUCAAUACUUGAUGAUGAUACUGUUGCCAUUGAAGUGAGGCACCCGCAUGGAAAGGAUUGGCCAUACGACGCCGGACAGUACAUAAUGCUUCAAGUCCCGGAGGUGUCCUUCUUUCAGUGGCACCCAUUCACGAUUUCUCUUUGCCACAAAGACAUGCUUUCACUACAUAUCAAAACAGAUGGGAAUUGGACCUCAAGGCUGAGAUCCGAGAAUUUGCGAUUCGUCGGCUUGGACGGACCGUAUGGCGCUCCUGCGCAACGCUUUUACGACUUUGAGCGAUCCGUUUUGAUUGGGUCUGGCGUUGGUGUAACGCCAUUCAGCUCUAUUCUGAUGAAUCUUGAGAAGCGCCAGGAUUUGCCCAAGGCCAGGGGAACCUCGCAUUCGCGAUCCAGAGCUGCCUCUCGCUCGUCUUCGCCCGGAUCAGAUGCGACUCGCGUCAAGUCAAUUCGAGAAGGAGAAAAGACGCGAGGCAGGGUUUUGGGGUCUCCCCCAAAAGUACGCUGUGACUUUCAUUGGGUUGUGCGAGACAAGAACUACUUGCUUUGGUUCAGUGACUUGCUUAAUCGCGUGGAAACAGCCGAAUCCAUUCACAAGGAUCUUUCUAUUCGCAUUUGCACUCAUGUUACUGCUAAACGGAAAAAACUGUCGACCUUAAUAUUUAGGUGGCUUCUAGAGAACCACAGAACUGAGACAGACUUGUCACCACUUACAGGACUUCGCAACAAAACUGAAUUUGGUCGACCAGAUUUUAGCACCAUUUUGUUGGAUCACUACAACGAGGCAAAGUCAGAAGGCUUCACGGGGAAGGUGGGCGUCUUUUAUUGUGGAGCACCUGUUGUUGGAAUGCUGAUUGCAGAUGCGUGUCAUGUUUUGACUGCUCGUGCUUCUGAAGAGCGAUACGAUUUGAGAUAUGUUUUCAUGCUGGAGGUCUUUGGUUGAUACAAGAGAUGAGACGGUCUGAGACGAUAUGGCUUGCUGUGAAGGUCGACAGAAAUAUAAGCCGGUAUGAUGAAUAUAGUACGAAU